AUUAGUUAGUUAACUUGAAAGUUUUGUAGUUUGAAACUAAAUCUAGGAGGAACCCGCCUGAACUUAAACUUUUUAUGGUGAAACUUAUUUGUGGAUGUUUUACAGCUAUAAUUUCUGUGAGUAUUUUGUUGCCUCAUAAAAAAAAAUUAAAAUACCUGCAUUGUUGACCAAAGGUAGAAAGUAAGCUUAAAUCUACUUACAUCUUAAUGAACCUAAUUUAGACCCUUAUUAGAAAUAUUUCUAAAGUCAUUUGAUAUUUUUCUUAGUCUUCAAUUUUUCAGGAUUUAUUUAGAGGUGACAUUGUUCCUUUUCUUUCUUGCCUUUUAGCAAUAUUUAGGAUUUUCAUGUCUUGCAAGAGACAGAUUUACAUCUGCAGAAUUGGCUUCCCUCAAAAAGCUUUUUUCCUCCUGCUGUAAAAUAACAUACAUGUGGGAUUUUCUUUUUUUUCAGCAGUCUGCCCAAGAGAUCUCACAUAACAUCUGUCUUCUGGGACUGAACCAGCUGUGGUGUUCAGAGCACGUCUGGAUCUAAGAGCUGAUUUUUAGGAUUUUGGUUGCCGGCCUGCUUUUAGUCUAUCACUAUUAAGUGAAGAAAUGCAAAUCUGGGAAGUUGCAUUAUUCUAAAUCAGCGGGAGUUUUGCAUUAAAAGCUGAUUGGUUUGUCGGGCCACUGUAACAGCCUGCUGUUUUUGGAGUGGAAGAGCGAUUUGCCCAACAGGAGCCGGCUGCAUGUUUGAAGCCAGAUGGUUGGCACUGUAAAAGAGCAAAUAACGGCCAUAAAGCUCUGAGGUCUGGACCUGGUCUGUCUUGUGGUUUAGGUGGGUUUCUCUGUUCCAGCAAGUCCACUUCACUUGACUUGUGGAGUCUGAUCAAAGGCCUGGUCCCUGCUGUUUCCACCUUUUUGUCCAGGAUAUGGAGUAGACUCACGCUGGCAUCUUCCCGAGCUUUGACACAGUGUGAUGUUUAUAGCCAAGCGGCCGCUGAGCUCGGCUGCUGUGUGCACUCUUACUGCCAUCACCUUGAUGACUAACGGCUCAUCAUCAGCAUCAUCAUCUGACCACUGUAAUUACCUUCAGGUUGCAUUCCAGCAGACAGCGUGCCAGUGAGAUGCGGCUACAGCUGUGCUGACCGACAGCAGCUCAACGAGUCACAACACUGGACGGCUGACGGCUGCAGCCUGGAUGUGAUACUGGGUCAGAGUGUGAGCUGGUAACCCCGCCUGACUGUGCGAUGUGUGGACCUGCCCUGCCCCUGUGCCUGCUGCUCUGGAUAGUCGGGGCGGCCGUUUCCAGGACGCAAGGUGAGGUCAUAGCUCCUGCCAGUCUGAGUGCAGAGGCAGGUCGCCCCGUCCUGCUGGGCUGUAACGUCACCACGGCGACAGGCGACACCGUCCGGCAAGUGCGCUGGCACAACAGGCACAACAAGAUCCUCCUGGCGUACGAACAAAGCGCCCCCGUCCGCGUCAGCCAUCAGGACCCCAACGUGCAGCUCACCGCCUCCCACAACGACGCCAGCUACAUCACCAUCAAGCAGGUGAAGCCUGAUGACGAGGGCUGCUACCGCUGCGUCUUUGACGUUUUCCCCACGGGGCCGCAAGAAGGCCAGACGUGCAUCAGCAUCACUGGCAAAGUGCGCCUGGAGGGCAACAAGACGGCCGUGAGCGGGCAGCCGUCCACCCUGUCCUGCUGGUACAGCCUCCCCGAGAGGGUGCACCAGGUGCUGUGGAGGAAGACGGCCGAGCAGGGCGACACCACCGCCGUGGCCUCCUACGCCAAGCGCGGCCACCAGAGCGUAGCCGAGCAGUUCGCGGGUCGGGUUAGCCUGAGCCGCAGCCUGGGCGACACCCAGCUGACCAUCCGGCCGGUCAGGACGGAGGACGAGGCCUGCUACACCUGCGAGUUCCACACGUACCCAGACGGCACCAGGAGCGCCACUGCCUGCCUCUCCGUGUACGUUUUACCCAAACCAGAGGUGAGCCAUGUGACCUCCUCCUCGGGAGUCACUGAAGCAAACUGCACCGCCCAGUCCCGGCCCACGGCCGAGAUCACGUGGAACAUCGGCGGGGACAACCGAACGCUCGGCCCGCCCAUUUCAUCCGCCUACGACCAGGGCGACGGCACGACGAUAGUGACGAGCACGCUGUUCUUCCAAUCGGGGCUGCUCAGUGACCUGUCCGUCAAGUGCAUCGUACACCACCCGGGUCUGAAGAAGCCCCUGACAGUGUCCCUCAACACAAACGUGGGUCCAGCCAUGGUCAUCCUGCUCUCAGUGUGCGGUGUGGCGGCGGUCCUCCUCCUGUGUCUGUGUGUGUGUCUCUGCAAGUGCUUCAUCUGCACCGACGACUGAUUUGGAGCCCGGCGUCACCGCUGCUUUGAUGAAGGUCCAGCGGAGCUCUGAGCCUGACCUAGCUGCUCAGCACCGUGCCCUCCAGCUCAGCGUGCAGAGGACGGGAACAGAGCUUUCACAGAACUGAGCCAACGCUGCUGGUUCUGCUCCCACGAGCUGUGAAGACAUGUAGACACAAAUUUUUCUCGUCAUUUACUGCGAAGUAAACAGAACUAAAACCACGUUAUUUAAUGCUAGGCCUUACACUUACAGUAGAAAAGUUGCUUUGAUAAAAACCAGGAGGUAUGGAGGUCCAGUGGUCGGGCUGAAGUGAUGCUCUGUAUCUGAAAAAGGUUGUGGCUGUUGUGUGUGUGUGUGUGUGUGUGAGAAGGAGAGAUGAGGUCAAUUCUCAGAUGUUAAACAGUGUGGUAAAUUAUACAUAUAUAUGUAUAUAUUUUAAUUUAGGCUGCUAUAUCUAGCCUGAGUAGAGUUUGCUCUACAUGACUACAGAUGUACCCGCUGCUGCACCGUCAGACUUCAGCUGCAGCUUCUUUCCUCAGGCUGUGAGACUCCUCCACUCAUCCUCCGCCCUCCACCAUAAAUAAUAGUUUUUCUUGUGUAGCAUAAAGAAACCACUACCUGCAUUUCAUUGUGCAAUCUUGUGUCAUAAGAUAAAUGAACCUUAUUCAGAAAAUCUACUAAAUCAACUAAUCUAAAGUUAAACAGAUCGAUAAAUCAGUUAUCAGUGGGGAAUAGAUUAGUUCCCAUUCAACAACAGCACAAACGUUACCUAAGAAAUGCUUAACUAUAUUCUAGAAUAGUGUCACCAGAUUAACUGAAACUCUGAUUGGGCGGUAUGUAUGUUUUCCCAUCUGAGUCCAGUACACUUCAAACCACAGACAAAAGCACAAACACAGAACUCACCAAAACUGUCCUGACCUCGGCGCAAUGUUUUUUCUUCACGUAGGCCUCUGUCGCUCACAGCUGAUUGAGAAAAUAGUUUUUCAGGGCCUUCAAGGAGGCCGAAAAUCAGCUGUUCUUCGCCACUGCGGCCUGAUUGCUGUGGACCUCCGAAUGGACACCACAUCACGUCAUCCGUGGUCGUCGAACAGAGAGAAAGGAUGAUUAAAAGGAUGCCGAGCCAAUUUCGAACUAGACUUGCAAAUUACAGUAAAUCAAACAGAAGCAGGGGGACUGAGGCUAAAAUGUGACUUUUAGUGAACCAGCCCCGUUGUGACUCAGGCUGAAAGGAUGGUUUGAGUGGGGAAAGAAUGAAAGGUUUGUCAUAUAUAGCUGCUGUGUUGUGCGGGACAGGGAGGGGUGGUCGACCUGUAACCUUCAUGUGUUCGGUGGUUAACAUCGGCCAACAGAUUCCUGUGUGGACGAACCCUGCAGCUGUGAGUCACUGUUUGUGCGUGCCAGUGUUGUGUAUUUCUGCGUGUGUGUGUGUGUGUUUGCAUUGUUGUACAGUAUGUGAACUGUAGGGAGCACCAGCCUUAGCAGAGUUUAGCUUUUUAUUUGGGAAAAUAUUAAUGUAGGCCUGCGUGGGCUGUGUACAGUAAGGUUUAAUUUUGUAGAAAAACUCAUUUAUCAGGAAAAAACAUAUUUUCUAUUAACAAUUAAACUUUACAGUAAAGUUAUCUGUAUAUACAGACGAUUAUAAGGUCUAAAUGUUAAUAAAUGCCGACAUUGAAGUAAAAAACACUUAGCUCAGUUGUCUCUUGCUGUUUUAGCUCUUUCAAUUUAAUAAUCAUGUCUUCAGUGUCAGUGUUUUGAACAGUAUUCACCUUUUUACUACCUGUAAGAGAAUUAGUUUCCUGUACUGGUGCUGAAGUUAGAAGUGGAUCAGAAAUAAAACCUGAG